CGCGCCGACCGCUCCCCCUUCUGCACUCGCGCCAGUGAUGAAGGGGUGGUAGGCUGCAGUCUUCAGCCCGGGGUCCCCAGCACUUUCCUGCACACCCCGGAAUCUAGCGCGGGCGUGGCGAGGCCGGAGGGCGUGGCCGGCAGGUAGCCUCCCUGUCCCGGCGGCCGCCCGUCCCCACCCCGCUGCGGCCACCGGCCACCCGCUCUGAAGUUGGAGAGGCAGCCUCCGAGGCACUCCCCCUGCUGCCGCCCCGCCGUUUCCAAGGGGCUCAGAAACCAGUUUGUUUCUCGCCGGGGUAGUGUGUACCUGGCUCACAGGGCGUUGCCCGGGUUGGGACCGAGUCCAGCCUGAGCGGUCAGGCCAAGGCUGUUGUCAGGCGUGGGAGUCUCACUGCCCCCUUCAUAGUGGGCUGCCAGCUGCUGGUUGGAGACUCGGUUUCUCUUUCAGGAUGUCAUUUUCGAAAUGCGGGAUGAUGCCUCUGCCUCUUUAGGUCCCAUAGGAAGAUUGCUACACCUAGACUUUGGCUCAUAGAUCAUCACCGUUAUCCCUACUAACGGCCUGUGUCGGUGAGCCUAUCAGUUAAGAUGCCUUAGAAAAAUAACUAUGGAGAAGUAUGCUAGACUACAGAAGAUUGGAGAAGGUUCAUUUGGAAAAGCCAUUCUUGUUAAAUCUACAGAAGAUGGCAAACAAUAUGUUAUCAAGGAAAUUAACAUCUCAAGAAUGUCCAAUAAAGAAAGAGAAGAAUCAAGGAGAGAAGUUGCAGUGUUGGCAAACAUGAAGCAUCCAAAUAUUGUCCAGUAUAGAGAAUCAUUUGAAGAAAAUGGCUCUCUCUACAUAGUGAUGGAUUACUGUGAAGGAGGGGAUCUUUUUAAACGAAUAAAUACUCAGAAAGGCAUUUUGUUUCAAGAGGAUCAGAUUUUGGACUGGUUUGUACAGAUAUGUUUGGCCCUGAAACAUGUACAUGAUAGAAAAAUUCUUCAUCGAGACAUAAAAUCACAGAACAUAUUUUUAACCAAAGAUGGGACAAUACAACUUGGAGAUUUUGGAAUUGCUAGAGUUCUAAAUAGUACUGUAGAACUGGCUCGAACUUGCAUAGGGACCCCGUACUACUUGUCACCUGAAAUCUGUGAAAACAAACCUUACAAUAAUAAAAGUGACAUUUGGGCUCUGGGAUGUGUCCUUUAUGAGUUGUGCACGCUUAAACAUGCAUUUGAAGCUGGCAAUAUGAAAAACCUGGUACUGAAGAUAAUAUCUGGAUCUUUUCCACCUGUGUCUUUGCAUUAUUCUUAUGAUCUCCGCUGUUUGCUCUCUCAGUUAUUUAAAAGAAAUCCUAGGGAUAGACCAUCAGUCAACUCCAUAUUGGAGAAAGGUUUUAUAGCCAAACGCAUCGAAAAGUUUCUCUCACCUCAGCUUAUUGCAGAAGAAUUUUGUCUAAAAACAUUUUCCAAAGGUGGAGCGCAGCUUAUACCAGCUAAAAGACCAGCCUCAGGACAAAGCUUGGCUUCUGUUGUGUCUGCUCAGCAAAUUACAAAGCCUGCUGCUAAAUAUGGAGUGCCUUUAACAUAUAAGAAAUAUGGAGAGAAAAAAUUACAUGAAAAGAAGCCACUCCAAAAAAAUAAACAGGCCCAUCAAACUCCAUUGAAGAAAGUGAAUCCUGGAGAAGAAAGGAGGAAAAUGUUUGAGGAAGCAGCAAGAAAGAGAAGGUUGGAAUUUAUUGAUAAAGCAAAGAAACAAAAAGAUCAGAUUAGUUUAUUGAAGGCUGAACAGAUGAAAAGGCAAGAAAAGGAAAGGUUGGAGAGAAUAAAUAGGGCCAGGGAACAAGGAUGGAAAAACGUGCUAAGUGCUGGAGGAGGUGGUGAAGUAAAGGCUACCUUUUUUGGCAGUGGAGGGGCUGUGGCUCCAUCAUCUUUUUCUCCUCGGGGACAAUAUGAACAUUAUCAUGCUAUUUUUGAUCGAAUGCAGCAACAAAGAGCAGAAGAUAAUGAAGCUAAAUGGAAAGGAGAAAUAUAUGGCCGAAGGCUUCCAGAAAGGCAAAGGGGGCAGCUAGCUGUGGAAAGAGCUAAACAAGUAGAAGAGUACCUACAACGAAAAUGGGAAGCAAGGCAGAAUAAAGCUCGAGCCGAAGGACAUAUGUUGGUGUCUAAAGGAGUAAAGGGUUCUGAUAUGUCUCCUCCUUUGGGACAGCAUGAAGCAAGUGGCUCGCCAUCAAAGCAUCAGAUAAGACCUGUUAUUUCUGUGACUUCAGCCUUGAAAGAAGUGGGUAUGGACAGAAGUUUAACUGAUACCCAGGACACCUCAGAAGAAAUGCAAAAGACUAACAAUUCCAUUUCAAGUAAACGAGAAAUACUACGGAGAUUAAAUCAAAAUCUUAAAGCUCAAGAAGAUGAAAAAGGGAAGCAGUGUCACCCUGAUAUGGGUGAGGUAAUUGUGCAUGAAAAUGCCGAAAAGCAUGAAAAAGAAAAGUUGAUUUCACCUGAUCGCAAGAAGUGGGAGGCAGGAGGUCAACUUGUGAUUCCUCUGGAUGAGUUUGCAUUGGAUACAUCCUUCUCUGCAACUGACAGACAUACAGUGGGAGAGGUUAUUAAAUUAGAUCCUGGAGGAUCUCCAAGAAGAGUCUGGGGAAAAAGCCCUACAGAUUCUAUUCUAAAGAUACUUGGAGAAGCUGAACUACAGCUGCAGACAGAACUAUUGGAAAACAGAACCAUUACAAGUGAGAUUUCUCCUGAAGGGGAGAGUUACAAACCCUUAAUUGCUGGAGAAGAACAAGUAAAUUGUAUUUCACUUGAAAUGAACCCAUCAGCUACUGUUGAUUCUUCUGUUGAGACAAACAGUCCAAAGUUUAGGGAGGUGUCUCCACAGAUAUCAUUGAAACCAGAAGGAAAUGUGGAUGAACCUGAUGAUUUGGAAACAGAAGUUCUAGGAGAGCCAUGUGGAACAAACAAAGAAGAUGGCUUACCUUUCCCUGUAACUGAUGUAUGGGUUAGUGAGACGAAGGAAACAAAGGAAACUGAAUUAGAAGAUAGGAUCACUAUUCAGCAAAAUGAAGUUUCUGAAGAAGGAAUCUUAAGGAAGGUGGAUCAACUUAGUGAAGUUCAUAUAGAACCUGGAAUAGGUGAUUCUCCGCACUCUAAAUGUGAUGUAGAUAAAUCUAUGCAUCUAGAACCAUUUUUCCAUAAAGUGGUUCACCCAGAACACUUGAAUGUAGUCUCUCAAAUUCAGUCCAUUCUGUGUUCACCAGAAGAAUCCUUUCCACUUCGAUCUCACUCUGGUUCACCGCCAAAAAAGAAAAACAAGAAUUCCUUGCUGAUUGGACUUUCAACUGGUUUAUUUGAUGCAAACAACCCAAAGAUGUUGAGGACAUGUUCACUUCCAGAUCUCUCAAAGCUGUUCAGAACACUGAUGGAUGUUCCCACGGUAGGAGAUGUCCGGCAAGACAACCUUGAAAUGGAUGACAUUGAAGACGAGCACAUUAAAGAAGGACCUUCUGAUUCUGAAGACAUUGUGUUUGAAGAAACUGACACAGAUUUACAAGAGCUUCAGGCCUCUAUGGAGCAGUUACUCAGAGAAGAACCUGGGGAGGAAUAUAGCGAGGAGGAAGAAUCAGUCCUGAAGAACAGUGACCUAGAGCCGACUGUGAACGGGACAGAUCCAGCCGAUGAGGAGGACAAUCCCAGCAGCGAAAGCGCUCUCAAUGAAGAGUGGCACUCGGAUAACAGUGAUGGUGAGAUAACUAGUGAGUGUGAAUAUGAUAGUGUCUUUAACCAUUUAGAGGAACUGAGACUUCACCUGGAGCAGGAAAUAGGCUUUGAAAAGUUCUUUGAAGUUUAUGAGAAAAUAAAGGCUGUUCAUGAAGAUGAAGAUGAAAAUAUAGAGAUUUGUUCAACAAUAGCUCAGAAUAUUUUGGGAAACGAACAUCAGCAUCUUUAUGCAAAGAUUCUUCAUUUAGUCAUGGCAGAUGGGGCCUAUCAGGAAGACAAUGAUGAAUAAUCCUCAGAACAUUUUUUAAUCCUCACCUGUAUGAAAGCAUUUGAAUUUGGCUCAUCAGAAUAACAAAUUUCAGUGGGACUGUAGCAAUCUUUUAUAAAUGAUAUGUCAGAUUUAAGAUGGGCAUGCUGAUUGCAUGAAAAAGUUGGACAAACAUAACAUUUUUCAGUUAAGAUUCUAGUAUUUUAUCUAUUAUAUUUUGUUUGUUGAGUUCUAUAGUUGCCUCCUACAGACUAUAUACUUCAUUAAAUCUUCCAACCAAAGCAUAAGAGACAUUGAUCCAGAAUUGGGCAUAAUGGUUUUGAAGAAGAUGUAUCAUGAAGUAAGGUAACUUACUUUCAGCAAAUGUCCUUAGGUUGAAAGAAUUACUUACGUUGUAAAGACCUGCCUGUGGUUUUUCAUUUAAGCAUUUAAAUAUGGCCCUUUUUUUCUGUCUACUUGUUUUCAUGACCAGCAAUUAGGUAUUAAAUAACCUUGUCAAGGGCUCUAUUUAAAUCUUUACAUUUUGAAGAUGGAUUUUUUUAGCCUUAAAGUUUAUAUGCUCAGUCCUUUUUCAACCGUGUGUCUCCUGAACUAGCUGAGUGAAAACAGGCUAUAGAAACAGUCUUAGAAAUAGUUGAAAAUUUUGAUUAUGGAAGAAUAACAAAAUUAUAUUUCCUGAUGUUAAAAAUGUUGAUUACUUCUGUUUCUAUUUUUAAAAGACCAGAACCAGAAAUAUUACAUCUAAAAAUUAGUCUGUGGAUUUUAACAUCAACCUAGCAUAAAGCCUAAAGUUGCCCUUUUUGUUUUUAAUGUUCUCUCAUGCAUGUGCUUUUAUGAGAUUAAAAGGGAGAAAGGAAUCAUUUUUGACACUGACAGUUUUGGUGACUGUUAUUCCAUAGGGGGGGAAUGUUUGCCUCUUUAUUUCCAUUAUGAGAGGAUCAUUAAGAUUGUAGUCACACAGCUUCAAUUGCAGUAUGCCAGGUUUCAGUAGCAAUGUAUAAAGACCAGAUGCUUUUCGUAAUAAAAGUAGAUUUUUUGAAACUUGAGUACAAAGCAGCCUGAUUGGCAUAAUCUAUAAUUUGAACAAUAAAAUCUAAUCUUGCAGCACUAUCAGUACCAUGCUGAAUUUAUUAUGUAUAUUAUUUCUAGCAUCCAAAACUAAAUACUUGACUUUUAUAAAUUUGUUUAUUUUGUAAUAUUACAAUUAAAUUUUUAUUAUCUACCUGAA